AUGGCACGAGAUCGUUGGGUUGCAAGGCUGGAUGCCGACCCAUACCCGGUCCCCACAGAGGAGGAGCUGAAGACUCUCCGCAAGGUCUCCGAUUCCAUCCCCUGGGUCUGCUGGUUGUUCUGCUUUGUGGAAUUCUCGGAGCGAGCUUCGUAUUACGGGGCUCAGACGGUGUUCUCCAACUUUAUGGAGUACCCAUUGCCUGUGGACGGUAACGGUGCUGGAGCUCCUCCAAAGGGCUCGGAGGAGACAGCGGGUGCUUUGGGCAAGGGUCUUCAGUUUGCCAACGCAUUCGUGCUUCUCUUCCAGUUCCUGGCCUACGUCGUGCCCAUAUUCGGUGCAUGGGUAGCCGACACCAAGCUCGGCCGCUUCAAGACCAUCGUCAUUGGCGUCUUGGUCUGCUUUGUGGCGCACAUCAUCAUGACACUCGGUGCUCUGCCGAGCGUCCUGAAGGCAGGAAGGGGUAUUGCGCCGUUCAUCAUCAGCUUAUUCAUCUUGGCUAUCGGCGCUGGUAUCUUCAAGCCCAAUGUCGCUCCGACGCUUCUGGACCAGUACACACAUCAAAAACCGUACACCAGGAUCGAGAAGUCGGGCGAAAAGGUCAUUGUGGACCCAGAGGCGACGAUCCAGCGCCUGAUGUUGAUAUUCUACGCGCUUAUUAACGUCGGUGCCUUCUUCGCGCUGGCGACGACGUACUCUGAGAAGCUCGUCGGAUACUGGCUUGCGUUCUUGCUGCCGACGAUCAUGUUCAUGCUUCUCCCCGUUCUCCUUGCAUUCCUGUAUUCCCGCACGGUCCGGGUACCCCCCAGCGGCUCUGAGCUUACAAGAGUCGUGAAGAUCGCUAGCCUGGCCACCAAGGAGAACAAAGGUCGAUUCUGGAAGAAGGGCUUCUGGGAUGCCGCGAAGCCGUCGAAACUUGCUGCGAAGGGCAUCACCACACUUCGAGGCAAGCCAAUAGACUGGAACGAUAAGUUCGUCGACGAUAUCGUCCGGACGUUCGACGCGUGCAAAAUUUUCCUGUACUUCCCCAUCUACAACAUCAAUGACGGUGGUAUCGGCAGUGUCGCUAACAACCAAGGGUCUACGAUGACCACGAAGGGCGCCCCGAACGACCUGCUCGGCAACUUCAAUCCGCUGACCAUCAUUGUCGCCAUCCCCAUCCUGAGCCACGUCAUCUACCCCCUCCUGCGCAAGUACAAGAUCCAGUUCGGGCCCAUCCGGCGGAUGACGCUCGGCUUCUUCAUCGCGACAAUCUCGGGCGUCAUCGGCGCGAUCGUGCAGUACCGCGUGUACGAGACGAACCCGUGCGGGUACUACGCAACGACGUGCGCGAGCAACGGCGGCGGCGUGUCGCCCAUCAGCGUGUGGUGGCAGGUGCCGAACUACGCGCUCGGCGCGCUGAGCGAGUGUCUGUGCAAUGUGACGGCGUACGAGAUGGCGUAUGCGCGCAGCCCCAAGUCGAUGAAGUCGCUCGUGAUGUCGAUUUUCCUGUUCACGACCGCGCUCUCGUCUGCGCUCGGCGAGAUCCUCUCUCCCGCGAUUGUCGACCCUCAUCUCAUUUGGAUUUGGGCCGGCCCGGCCAUCGCGCUUUUUGUCCAGACCGUUAUCUUCUGGUUCAGGUACAAGCACAUCGAUAACGAGGACUUUAUGACUUACGAGGAGGAGGAGGAGACGAGCCAUGGGUCCACUAAGACCACCGGUUCUUACCCUGAUGAGAAGGUCGCGGCCUAGGCACUGAUAAGCUUAGAAAAGGGUUUUCGCGGGUGUAUCGAGGUGUAUCCCUAGUUCUGUGUAUUUUGCGUAGUGACAAUGAUGAAGGCUCUUGGUUCUCGGG